CUUCUCAGUUCUUGUUUAGCUUUUGUUGUGAAUACAACACUGAAUCAAACGAAUCGCAAAAACGAUUAAAAUUCACUAGAAAAUACCAGAAAAAGAUAAAAGAAGAAGAAGGUAAAAAAAAACAACAGUUAAAAGAAAUCUUUAAGUGUUGAAAAACUCGUUUAAUUAAUUCUUUUGAAAUUACUCACAAACGUCUCAUCAUUUCUUCAGCUACAUAUAGUUAUUCGGUAUAGCAAUACAUAAAAUAUAAUACUGAUGAACUUCAUCUUUGUGUUUAUUAUUAAAGAGAAACAAAACUGUUCCAAUCGCGAUCGGUCACUUGCUUGUAAAUAAAAAAUUUACAUUACAAAUAUAUAAGUAUCUACUAUUUCCUUUCUUUUGUAACGGAUAUAACCAGAUCUCCCAUCAUACUCAGUUGUGUUUUAUGUACGGUGGAGAUGAGUUUAAGUGAAUGGAUUAUAAUGGUGAUAUAUUAUAACGAAUUUUUUAUAUGAAAAAGAAAAAAAAGCAAACCAACCAACGAACAAAUAUUUAAUUUACGUUUUGAAACUGAUAUACCAAUUUGUGCUUACCAAUUGCGCUUCUUUGUUGAAAUAAAUUAUUUAUUCGAAGUUCACCUUUCAGAUGAAUUUGAACUAUAUGAUGGUAAAAAACAAUAACAACAAAGUGAUGAAUUAAGAAACAAUUUUUAACUUUAACUUUUAAUUCGAAAUUCGAAAAUUAUAGAUUACUUUUGUGCUGAUUGUGACGUGGUUUUUCUCCAUUUUAGCAUUGGAAAGUGAAUAACAGUGACUAAUAAAUUGAAAUAUUACACUUGAAAAGUAUUACGAGCAAUAGGAAUACCCACCAUUUAACCAGUCAUCAUCGACAACAAUGCAAGUGAAAUGCCAAUUUGCUUUCAUUAGAAGUAAAGGUAUUCGGUAACAUUUGGGACAAUCAACGAGCAAAUUGAGACUUCUGUCCUUUACAUAUCGAUCAAUACAAUACAAUGACUUCAGAACGAUCCAUUCCACACCUUCGUGACAUAUUCGGCCUAAGCAGCUACACGUCAUCGCAUAAUCAAAAUUUAAACAAUCCCAACAAUGUCAUCGAUCCGUACGGUCAUCAACAGCAGGAAGCGAAAAAACAGUCGCGAAAAAAGCGCGACAAUAGCAAAACGCUGACCGGCGACAUAAAAACGCUGGAACGGCAUCUGAGCAUGAAAAAGACAAUUAGAAAGAAAAUUAUGCGUGAUCUGCAACAAGCAUUCGUGGACGAUCCGAACGAAUUUAAAGUGGAGAAUAAGAAUUCGGAACAUUUGAAGGCAGAACUGAAUAUGGAAGCGUUGAGAUUCGGUGAAAAUCCAGCAAAAAAAUCGGAUAACUUUCUCGUUAUGCUGAGGGGCGAUCAGAAAAAUAACGCCUACGAUUAUUCGAGCAAUAGUGCUCAAAGUAGAGGAUAUGACUAUGAUUCACCACCUCAGCCAGUUGAGAAGCAAAGUUUUUGGAAGAGAUUUACAUUGAAAAAUAAAUCGAAGCGAUAGUUAAGCGGAAACACGGCCUACUGGUACUUGAACACAACGAAUGCAGUUUUUAUAUACGUUUUUCUUGGAUUAAAUUUAAUUGUAAGGCGAAGUCAAGUUAAUCGAUGAAAUGUCGGCAAUAAGUUCUUUUUUGUUAAUGAAGGCAGAGGUCUUAGUUUAAGCUCCAAACGGUUGUUGUAAUUUAUUAUGUUCAGCUGGAGGUCAAUGACAAUAUAGAUAUUACAAUGAAAAUAAAUGGAUAUUAAUGUACUGUGAUAGACAAUAUUAUAAAAACGAAAAAAAUAUCUAAAGCAUAACAUAUGAGAGGACAGAACUCGUUAUUAGUGAAUAUUUUGCGUUAAUCUUGUCGUUAGUUGAUGUAUAAGUUUAAACGACUUAAAUAAAAGCCACAAAAAACACUACACGCAAAGGGUAAUGGAAAUAAAUGAAAUCUUUCGAUCAAAAAAAUAAACUUUUCUCAGAAGACCUCUGAACACAUCAAGUGACUUAUA